AUGAGACAUAAUCAGCUGUGUUGUGAGACACCACCUACUGUCACUGUUCAUGUAAAAUCAGGGUCAAAUAGAUCACAUCAGCCUAAAAAACCCAUUAAUCUGAAGCGUCCUAUUUUUAAAGAUAAUUGGCCAGCAUCUGAAAAAAAUGCACAUAAUAGCAACAAGUCUAAACGCCCCAAAGGACCCUGUCUAGUUAUACAGCGUCAGGAAAUGACUGCUUUCUUUAAAUUAUUUGAUGACGAUUUAAUUCAAGAUUUCUUGUGGAUGGACUGCUGCUGUAAAAUUGCAGACAAGUAUCUUUUGGCUAUGACCUUUGUUUAUUUCAAGAGAGCUAAAUUUACUAUAAGUGAGCAUACCAGGAUAAAUUUCUUUAUUGCUCUGUAUCUGGCUAAUACAGUUGAAGAAGAUGAAGAAGAAUCCAAAUAUGAAAUUUUUCCAUGGGCUUUAGGGAAAAACUGGAGAAAAUUGUUCCCUAAUUUCUUAAAGUUAAGGGACCAACUCUGGGAUAGAAUUGACUAUAGGGCUAUUGUAAGCAGGCGAUGCUGUGAGGAGGUUAUGGCUAUUGCUCCAACCCAUUAUAUAUGGCAACGGGAACGCUCUGUGCAUCACAGUGGAGCUGUUAGAAACUACAACAGAGAUGAAGUUCAACUGCCCAAGGGACCUAGUGCCACACCAGUAGAUUGUUCACUCUGUGGUAAAAAAGGAAGAUAUGUUAGACUGGGAUUGUCUUCAUCAUCUUCAUCCAGUGAUACAGUAGAGGUGAUGGAGAAACAUUCUCAGGAAUCAUACAACUCCUUCUCAAUGGACAUGGUAGUCGAUCCUUCUCAAGCUUAUACAGGCUCCCCGCUGACCAAUGACCAUCAAUCAAAGAAAGAAAAGAAAACUAAUUUUAUGAAGAAAGACAAAUCUAUGGAGUGGUUUACAGGAAGUGAAGAAUGAGAUGGCUCAACUAAACCACUUGGAAUCAUUAACUACAAAAUGUCAAAUUAACUACAAGACAAGUGUCAAAUGGGACAUUU